AUGUCUUUGGGAACAGCUGUGGUUGUGGUCGUGUUGCUGUUGUGUGCACAUACGGGGUUUUGCUUCUCAGUGGCCGGGCACCAGGACGGCGGAGGCGGCGGCGGCGGCGGCACCUGUGAGGCCAAUGGCAGCAUCUACUACGUGGGGGAGUGGUUCUUCCUGGACUCUGACCACUGCACACAGUGUGAGUGCACGGCCGAGGGCUCUGCGUGCGCCCGGACCGAGUGCACGUCUCUCCCGGCCGCCUGCAUCCACGUGAGCCACUACCCCACCGACUGCUGCCCCCGGUGCGAGAGGAUCGGCUGCGAGUACAGAGGAGUGGUGUACGACCUGGGUCACAGCUUCCAGCCCUCGGAGUGUGAGCAGUGCACGUGUGACAGUGACGGCAUCGCCCGCUGUCUGGUGGCGGACUGUGCCCCUCCUCCGUGCGUGAACCCGGUGUACCAGCCCGGCAAGUGCUGUCCCGAGUGCCAGGAGGGCCCAAACUGCUACGUGGAUGACUCCCGGACUCAGGUGAUCCCGGCUGGAGACCCGGUCUGGGUGGACUCUUGCACCAAAUGCCGCUGUCAUGACGGCCAGGACGCGGGGUACUGGGAGGGGAACCGCCUGGCCUCCUGCUCCAGACUCAAGAGCUGCAUCCUGGACCCGCCCACCAGCCAACACAACUGA